CAUGUCGUUGCCGUGGGAUUCUCGCUUCUGCAUGGUCCACGUACCCUUGGCAGUUGGCUCACCUCCAGACCAUCCUGUCAGUGUGUGCAAACCAUAGUCCUUUUGUCAUUAACAGCCUUGGAGAGAACUAAAAUAUGCUGUAAUCUAUGGAAUGGCUGGAGGUCACCCAGGUAGACAGUAGUAACUUGUUUCAGUUUCAGCAGCAGCUUAUGGCGCAAAUCCUGAACUCGGGGUCAGGAAAGCUGCGGUUUGGCUUGUUGCAGUCAUCUACGUACAAUAUACUGGACACUAAAUGUUCAUCAUUUAGGUGGAGCAUCCCACUGGGUGCACGACGUGUCAUGGACGCCAUGCGGGAGGGCCACGGGAGCUCCCUCAGCUCUGGCAAAAUGGUGGCUCUAGCUGCAGGGCUCUCAGUCGGGGCCACGGUGGGCUACAUGGUCUAUCGUCAUAUGAGCAGCACCAGCACCAGUCAGGGCCCCAGCAUUGAAGUGUCCAAGAUGACACUUCCUGUGGAAGUUUAUAGGAACAUGUCCAGACACAGAGCCAAGUUUUUGGAUACAGUGACCCAGAAAUCUGGAGCCCAAGUGAGGGUUUUGACGGAUGCAGGAGAGUCUGGAUGUAAGACGACCAUUUGUUUCCUGCUGCAGGGCUCUAAAGAGCAAAUCCUUUUUGCCCGCUGCCUCUUGGAGAACCUGAUCAGCGAAUCUGAACCGGUCACUGAGGAUUUGGAGGUUCCUCAGACCGCCUUUGGACGUAUAAUAGGUCGCGGUGGAGAGACUAUAAAACUAAUCACCAGGACCACGGGAGCCAAGGUGUCUUGCUCCAAAGAGAAAACACAUGGUCCAGGAGUAAAGGGUAAUGUCAAAAUCACAGGGACCAGACAGGAGGUGAAACAGGCCAAGGAGUUGAUUCUUGAAAAAGUCAGAGAGGACUUGAUGGUCAGGACAGAGAUCUCGCAGGCGUCUGCCCUACGGCAGAAGCGUGGUCAUACUGUAGCCAAGCAGAGACCAGACAGGACAGAGACUGAGGCACCAGUAGCUUUAAACAACAAUGGUCCUUACUCCCAGGCUGAUAAAAAUGGACUUGUUUAUGCCAACGGAACAGCAGGAGAAGCAGCAUCUAUUCUGGACCAACUGGAGGAGCUGCAACACAGCAGCACAGAGGAGGUGGAGAGUUUCUCUGCAGACUCGCUCUCUGAGGUUUCCAAAUUUGAAAUUCCCAGCCCAGACCUGAGCUUCCAACCGGACGAACAUCUGGAAGUUUAUGUUUCUGCAUCAGAGAACCCAAAUCACUUCUGGAUCCAGAUACUAGGAGUGCGCUCCCUCCAGCUGGACAAACUGACAGAGGAGAUGAACCGCUUUUACAACAGUGAAAGCCCCAUAGAGCAAAGGGUGGAGACGAUUGUCGUGGGAGACAUUGUGGCUGCUCCUUAUCGUGACCGUGGCACAUGGAACAGGGCCAGGGUGCUGGGAGUCCUGGGCUCUGGACUAGUGGACCUUUACUAUGUUGAUUUUGGGGACAACGGGGAACUACCCAGAGACAGUCUCCGCCACAUGAGAAGCGACUUCCUCAGUUUACCAUUCCAAGCUAUUGAGUGCAGCUUAGCAGGAGUCAGACCAAAAGGAGAGACGUGGACUGAAGCAGCCCUGGAUGAAUUUGACCGACUGACUCACUGUGCCUCUUGGAGACCCCUGCAGGCUAAACUAUGCAGCUACUCCCACUCUGAGCUCUCCUCCUGGCCCAAUGCCAAGCUGUACGACAACAGCGAGGGCAGGACUGUAGAUAUUGGUGAAGAGCUCAUACGCCUUGGCCAUGCGGUGAGCUUUCAUGAAGUAGAGAACGGAAAGACAGACGGUGACGGCCUUGGGUGUCUGCAGAAGAUGCUGGAUGAUGUGAUAGGAGCAUCGUCAGAGCUUAGUCUCUCCUGUAUCAGCUUAUCAGAAGUCGCCUCAAUCUCAGGAAGCGUUGAUGAUGUCAUUGAAGAUGAGCUGCUCUGAGACCAAAGACAGAGAGACAAACCUAUUUUUCCUAUGCUGACUGAAAUUUAACUGACUUCAUGAACCAUAAGUUAAACAAAUGUGUCCACGGCUCAUUUUCUUUCUUUUUCUAGCACUAGCCAUCCACUCCUCACCAUUUGUUCCAACAAGAUGUUUCCUUGUUUGACUCACAUUUAUUUCCCCAUCUUGAAGCCUUACCUCUAUGACAAGUGUGCAUCAUUUGUUCCAGCCAUAUCUACUGUAUUGCUGAUGCAAUACAAGUCUUUGUUACGCUGCUCUGUUUUUAGCUAUUUGAGCUUUGCUUAAAUGUGUUGUUACUGUAUUUUGUUUUCAAAAAGUGAACACUGAAACAAAACUGACUCAGUGGAAGCAGAGGUUUCUGCUUGUGAAAAGUAAUGUUUUUUUAUUUUUGUUUAUACUUGUAAGCAUAUUGGAGUUUAUGUCUAUGCAUUAGGCUUUACAAGUUUAAAAAUUAUUCAGUAUUGUUGAGUUAGGUUUUCAAUGUGAAAAUGUGGCAUCUACUGUAUCACUAGCUAAUGAUAGCUGAUAAAGUGUUUGACUUCUGUAACCAAAUGCACAAUAUAAUAAAGAAUUUAUUUUGCGUCACUAGAA